UUAGUUAAAUUAAAUGAAAAGAAAGUGAAAUUGAGUUGAAGGUUGUGUCAGGUUCACUGCUGAAAAAAACCCUGAUACAGUGUUACUCUUGCAAAAGGCAUGGUGAGCCAUGGCAAUUGAUCGCAACAGAACCCACGCCAAAAACCCAAACCCUAACCGACUCAUCAUCAUCAUCCAAUUCUUCAAACACACUUCAGAAUGAUUUAUGAUGGUGAUCAUGCAAGAGCAACAACAUCAACCCCAUCAGCAGCAGCAGAAUCCUUCUCUACUGUUGCCAAACCUCACCACCACCUCCCUUAGGUCACCAUCCUCCACCUCCGCCGCCUCCCAAUCCCAUCUUCAUUCGCCUAUCCAUAUCGCUACCCACCGCCAACCCCUACUCCCGCAACUUCCGGCGCCACUCGCGACUGUUCUCCCGUCCGGGGAGGCGGUUUCGACGGCGCCGCCGAAUUUGCAGUUGGCAAGGGUCCGUCUGUCGGACAUUGCUCCGUAUGACGGUGCACCGGCGGGACCUUAUGUCAGGGCAAUAGAAAUGCUGUGUUCGUCUCUGUUGAAGCAUAAUGCGGCGGUGAUUGAAUUAGGGAGUGAAGAUACUGCUCUGAUGCGAUGUGGAUUGGAAGGUGCUAGAUUGUUCUUCAGGAGUAGAGCACAUCUUGGUGUUGGGAAGGGAAGUCGCGGGGUUUACAUGUAUAGGGCAGGAAGGGCUUUGGAGGAUUGGGAUUCAUCUCCACCUUGCAUGGCUGAUAUUUUUAGGUGCAUGGGAAAGGCUUCUCGUGUUGCUUUGUCAGCCAUUGCAAGGCAUCUGCGGCUGAGAAGCGAUGUUUUUAACCACCUGCUUGAUGAUGCUCCAUUACCUGCUAACGAGGUGUCUUCUUCUGUUCUUGUUGGGACCUACUCACACGCGUCUUUGCAAAAUGGAAAAGGUGCCAUUGGAGGUGGUAAGCCCAGCGUCAAUGGUGAAGACGAGAAGGGAUUAUUGACCUUGAUAUCUUCUGACACUCCUGGUUUUCAGGUAUGUGAUCCCAAUGGCCGCUGGUAUCUGGCAGACAGUGGGUCUGGGCCAGGGGAUCUUUUACUGAUAACAGGCCGGGCGCUUAGCCAUGCUACUGCAGGUCUACAUCCAGCCGCAUCAUAUAGAGCUUCUCCAGAUUGUUUUCUGAGUCCGAAUAGUGGAGGAAGGUGCCAAUAUAUAUUUAUAAAUUUGGUGACUUCACUUGCAUAUAGACUCAUGCCUCAGGGCAAUGCUAUACUAGAUUGUUCUCCAAUUGCAGCAGCUGGUCAUGUUAUUCCUCAAAGCUAUGUUCCAAUAUCUGUAAGCCAGUUUAUGGACGACCUUGCUGCUGAAGAACUGAUAGGGCGCCAAUGUGUUAAUGAUGAUGUUGCCCAAAGCAAUGUGAAUAAGGACCCAUCAUUAAGAAGUGUUCUGUCCGAUCCUUUGUCUGGCUCAUUCUUGGAAGAUGCAAUGCUUGUCUCAUGUGGACAUUCUUUUGGUGGUCUCACACUGAGAAGAGUCAUUGAAACAUCAAGAUGCACCCUUUGCAAUGUUGAUAUUGAGACUGGUUCUCUGAUCCCUAAUCUCGCUCUUAGAGCUGCAGCUGCUGCUGUCAAGCAUGAGGAUGAUCGAAGGUUAUUUCGUAAUGCCGCUCUUCGGAAGCGGCGGAAAGAAAUGGGUGAACCAAUGGAUCCAAUCAGAAGAGUGAACAGGGAAAAUGGAGAUUUUACUUCUACUGAUGGACUCCAGCGGGGAGUACAAUAUCCAUUUUCAGUAAAUGAGAAAGUUAUUAUUAAGGGUAACAGGAGAACACCUGAAAAAUUUGUCGGGAAAGAAGCUGUAAUUACGUCUCAGUGUCUCAAUGGCUGGUAUUUGCUCAAGAUUAUUGGAUCUGGAGAGAAUGUCCGCCUGCAGUAUCGUUCUCUCAGGAAGUUCUUGAACUCAACAACUACGGAAGACCAGAAUCAGUUGCAGUUAGUUCAAAAUAGCAGCUCUUAAAAAUAGAUUCAAUUCAGGUUUUCCUUUUUUCUAUUUUAGACGAGAGAAAAGGAAACUUUUGUAGUCUUGAUCCUAAAAACAAUUUUAUAUAGAAUUAAGUUACCGAUGAGGCUCCUUAUAGCAUGUGAUAGAGGUUUACAUAAGAGGUGAUUGUGCUGUUGCUUAUGUUAGGUCGGCUUAUAUUUAUUGUAAAGAACGCAAACAAAGAUGAAUUAUAUAACAUGUAAAUUAUAUAGCUUGCUUUUAUAACCACUCUGCAGUUUUCUUUGUAGAA